AUGCUGUGGCACAGUGAGUGUUGCAGUUUAGCUCAGGCCUCCCCUCCAGGCCUUCAGGCUUUCUCCAAGUGCUUCGAGGCUGAAGUUGCUCUCAUCCCAGAGGAGUUUGAAAGGAAAUCCAUUGAGCUGUUCCAAACAUUUGUCUCCUUUGAUGCCUUGCUUUGGAAUAGUACAAUAUCGUUUGUGCACACAGACUUCUUAUGGCUUCCUGAGAGAUACUUGGAGGGUGAAAAAAAUGGUUUUAUUUGCAGAAUUUGGAGGGUGGGGGCAAUUAUCAUAAAGCCUGAGAUUUGUUGUUGUUGUUGUUUACAUACAGGUGAGGUCUGCCAUAAAUCCUAUACUCAGUUUUCAAACCUUUGUCGUCAUAAGCGCAUGCAUGCUGAUUGCAGAACCCAAAUCAAGUGCAAAGACUGUGGACAAAUGUUCAGCACUACGUCUUCCUUAAAUAAACACAGGAGAUUUUGUGAGGGCAAGAACCAUUUUGCAGCAGGAGGAUUUUUUGGCCAAGGCAUUUCACUUCCUGGAACCCCAGCUAUGGAUAAAACGUCCAUGGUUAAUAUGAAUCAUGCAAAUCCGGGCCUUGCUGACUAUUUUGGAGCCAAUAGGCAUCCUGCUGGUCUUACCUUUCCAACAGCUCCUGGAUUUUCUUUUAGCUUCCCUGGUCUGUUUCCUUCAGGCUUGUACCACAGGCCACCUUUGCUACCUACUAGCUCUCCUGUUAAAGGACUACCAAGCGCAGAUCAGACAAACAAAAGUCAAAGUCCCCUCAUGACCAACCCUCAGAUACUGCCAGCCACCCAGGAUAUUUUGAAGGCACUAAAUAAGCAACCAUCUGUAGGGGAAAAUAAGCCAGUGGAGCUUCAACCAGAGAGGUCCUCUGAAGAGAGGCCGCAUGAGAAACUCAGUGACCAGUCAGAGAGUAGUGACCUUGACGAUGUCAGUACCCCCAGUGGCAGUGACCUGGAAACCACCUCUGGCUCUGAUCUGGAAAGUGACAUUGAAAGUGAGAAAGAGAAAUUUAAAGAAAAUGGUAAAAUGUUCAAAGACAAAGUAAGCUCUCUGCAGAGUUUGGCUUCAAUAAAUAAUAAGAAAGAACACAGCAAUCAUUCCAUUUUCUCACCAUCUUUAGAGGAGCAGACUGCGGUGUCAGGAGCGGUGAAUGAUUCUAUAAAGGCUAUUGCUUCUAUUGCUGAAAAAUACUUUGGUUCAACAGGACUUGUGGGGCUGCAAGACAAAAAAGUUGGAGCCUUACCUUACCCUUCCAUGUUUCCCCUCCCAUUUUUUCCAGCAUUCUCUCAAUCAAUGUAUCCAUUUCCUGAUAGAGACUUGAGACCGUUACCCUUGAAAGUGGAGCCCCAAUCACCCAGUGAACUCAAGAAGAUCCCAAAGGGAAGCUCUGAGUCUCCCUUUGACCUCACCACUAAGCGUAAGGAGGAGAAGCCAGUUACUCCCAUACCCUCAAAGCCAGCAGCUCCUCCUGCAGCAAGCCAGGACCAGCCUCUAGAUCUGAGCAUGGGCAGUAGAAGUCGAGCCAGCGGCACAAAACAGGCCGAGCCCCGGAAAAACCACGUCUUUGGUGAGAAGAAAGGAGGUGACCUCGAGCAGAGGAAAACGUCAGAGGCCUCUUUGCAGCACGCCCGACCGACUCCCUUCUUUAUGGAUCCCAUUUACAGAGUAGAGAAAAGAAAGCUAACUGACCCGCUCGAAGCUUUAAAAGAGAAAUACUUGAGACCUUCUCCGGGAUUCUUGUUUCAUCCACAAUUCCAAUUGCCUGAUCAAAGAAUUUGGAUGUCAGCUAUAGAAAACAUGGCCGAAAAGCUGGAGAGUUUCAGUGCCUUGAAGCCAGAGGCCAAUGAGAUGAUCCAGUCAAUGCCAUCCAUGUUCAACUUCCGAGCCCCUCCAAGUGCUCUGCCUGAGACCCUCCUGCGCAAGGGCAAGGAGCGCUACACCUGCAGAUACUGUGGCAAGAUUUUCCCCAGAUCUGCAAACCUAACCCGUCACCUGAGGACGCACACUGGAGAGCAGCCCUACAGAUGCAAAUACUGUGACAGGUCCUUUAGCAUAUCUUCCAACCUGCAGAGACAUGUCCGUAAUAUCCACAAUAAAGAGAAGCCAUUCAAGUGUCACUUGUGUGACAGGUGUUUUGGUCAACAAACCAAUCUUGACAGACAUCUAAAAAAGCAUGAGAAUGGCAACAUGUCUGGUACUGCAACAUCUUCACCUCACUCAGAACUGGAAAGCACAGGGGCCAUCCUAGAUGACAAGGAAGAUUCUUACUUCACAGAAAUUAGGAAUUUUAUUGGAAACAGCAACCACAACAAUCAGUCCCCCCGAAACUCAGAGGAGAGAAUGAAUGGCAGCCACUUUAAGGAUGAAAAAGCCAUGGUAAACAGCCAGAACUCAGAUUUGUUGGAUGACGAAGAGGCAGAAGAUGAAGUAAUGAUGGACGAAGAAGAAGAAGAAAGUGAAAUGGCAGGGAAAACGGUCAAAGAGCCUGUUACAAGUGACAUACACGAGGGGACUCCUGAGGAGGAUUACGAGGAAACGAGUACUUUGGACAUGAACUGCAAAGCUUCCCCUGGCAGGUAUAAAGAGGAGGAAUAUAAUAAGACUGGACUUUCAGCUUUGGACCACAUAAGGCACUUCACAGAUAGCCUCAAAAUGAGGAAAAUGGAAGAAAAUCAAUAUAGUGAAGCUGAAUUGGCAGCUUUCAAUACUUCCCAGCUGCCAGAGGACCUAAAACAACCAUUGUACAGGAAAUCCAAAUCCCAGGCGUACGCCAUGAUGCUCUCUCUCUCUGACAAGGACUCCCUUCAUUCUGCAUCCCACAAUUCUCCCAAUAUGUGGCACAGCAUGGCGAGAGCUGCUGCAGAAUCCAGCGCCAUCCAAUCCAUCAGUCACGUAUGACAUUGUGAAGUCUUACCAAGAAUGGGACCAAGUCCAAACCAGUAGCAUGGCUCUUUCAUAUAUGACUAUUUAAAAGACUGCUGAGCAGAAUGCCUUAUAAAUCUGCAGGGUCACUCAUUUAAAGUCCGGUGACCUUAAACUGAAUAAUUUUAAAAAGAAAGAAACUAUUUAUUCUCAAUAUUUUGUUUUGCACAGCAAAGGCAGCUGCUGACUUCUGGAGGAUCAAUGCGACUUAAAAAAAAAAAAAAAAAAAGAGUUUCAGUGGAUUAUGUAAACUGGGGCCAGGAAAAAGUGUCUUCCAGUUCACCCGGCUUUGAGAGGCAGGGGCAAAAGGGUUAAGACUGCAUUGAUACACACACGGGCACUCCUUUAAAGUAGGAACUGAAUUGAUUUUCUUUUUGUGUAAAAUAGUUUGACACAGGAUUGGGAACAGUUGCUUUUAUGUACAAAUCUCUUCAUUAAAGCUUUAUGCAUUUUAGCCCUUCAGAGAAAGAAAGAAAACAGCUACACGAAAUGCACACUAUCCAUCAGAAACGUAGAAAGAAGUAACAGGGAAUAUUUUGUUCUCUCCGUAAUUCUUUUGCCUUCUCAACUGCAUUGUUUUAAAAAAAAAGGAAAAAUGAGAAAAAAAAAAAAGAACUAUGAGAAACAAUACAUAGGAGGCUUGUGUAUAUUGUAAACUAUGAAUGUUCACUACUCCAAGAAGCUGAAUCAUCCCGAUAAUUCCGUGGAAGCACCGCGUCCAUCGACAGCACCACUAGUUCCAAUCAUUGUAAGGAGGUUUUAAUUUUAGACAAUCAUGUCGCUCUUCUGUUGUGUCGCUUCCUUUCCCCCUUCCCUCUCAUCUCUUCUUUGUGUUGUGUGUACCAUGUAUUUAUUUGUUGGCAAACAAACGUUUGUUGGUUAAGAAUAGCACUGUUCCUGUAACAAACAGCACUGCUCCAGUCCCCCACUGCGCUAUGAUGUAGGCACCCAUGUACUUAAAAACACAAGUGAGGUGAACUGAUCUGUGUAUAUGGGAGUGCAAAACAGUGUUUGAAAUUUUCUUACAUUCCUCUUUUAUUUUAUUUGUUUUUUUUUCCUUUUAAUGAACUAAAUAACUAAUAGAUGCGACUUAGUUUUUUGUUUUGUAAUACGGUAAAUUGAUUCAAUUGUAUAAACAGUUAUAAUUUCUUCAUGAAAGCAUGAUUCUUCUGAUUAAAAACUGUACCCAAUAUUUUAUGCUGGUUGUCUGCGAGCUUGUGUGAUGUUAUGUUCAUGUUAAUCCUAUUUGUAAGAUGAAGUGUUCCAAAUUUAUGUUUAAAAAGAAAAUAAAUAAAGAAUGGAAGGCAUUCAGUUAUUUUUGGGGGUUUUUUUGGCCUUUAGUGAGGGACCAGAUUUCUUUUUCCUUUUGUUUAUAAUCUCAUUUUGAAAUAAUCGGCAAGUUGAGGUACUUUCUUUAAAUGCUUUGUACAAUGUAACUGUUACGCAUUUCAGUACAUUACUAUGGGAGGAUCAACUUUAAAAAAAAAAAAAUAAAGGACUACAAAACUGAA